CAGGCCGGUGAUGUCGUAUUCCCGCACUUAAACUCCUAUGUCACUGUUUCUAAAUUACAUCUGCCAGAGAUGUCAGGAUUGCAAAGGAUUUGCGUAACAAACCUUGCAGCUGCAUCUUCAUGUGAGGUUUGACCGUUAGCUAGUUUCAAUAUGAGGCCGCGGACUCGCCCUCAAUCUGGGAAAAGUCAUUUUAUGGAAGUGUCUGCUUGUCAGUAAACUCACAUUUUCCAGCAUCUCCCUCAUUAUCGCCAACGAGUGUUUACAGUGUCUUCAUUAGCAGCCAGCCCUCUAAUGAUAACAGAGCUUUAAAGAAGGCAUCGGCUGCGGUGAUAAGCACGGCCAAGCUACUAUUUUGGUUGAUGCAAGUCCUCCUGUUUACUCUGGGAGCAUGGGAGCGGACAUCAGGACUGUGAUCCUCGCAUUGGGGAUCUCCAUUUUCAAACCUUGCCACCGCAAAGUCUGCUUUCAAGACGCGAAGAAGACUGAAGCGCUGUUUUGUAGAAAUGGCUAAUUUCAAAAUGCAGAUGUCCAGAGGCUUCCUGUUCCAGCUAUGUUUGAGUCUGGUGCUUUCCACAGGCUCCUGCACCUGUAAGCCUCUCAACAAUGACAUCCAGGAGCUGGAUUCUCAGCUGUCUGAGGAACCUCAUGAGGAGAAUGACACAGAGCUGAGGAUGGAGAACCUCCUGGGAACCAUGAAGGAGGGUUUUCUGAGGCAACUCAACCUGACAGAUGUCCCUCAGGAGCACAGUAAGAUCUUACCCCCUCAGUUCAUGAUGGAGCUGUACAACAAGUACGCCUCGGACAGCUCGGCAGUACCUCAGUCUGAUGUCAUACGAAGCUUCACUGUCCAAGAUAUCUCUCUCUCUGUGACGAACGGCUCAAAGUCAAAGCACAAUCUGCAGUUCAACGUCAGCAUCCCCACCCACGAAAAGAUCACCACCGCUGAACUACAGCUCCUCUUCAUCCCAGAUGCCAGGCCAAAGGUUACCUCCCACACUUACAAGGCCACCGUAAAAGUCUACGAGGUUGAUCACGACAAUUUCACGUCCCCUACCCAGCUCCUGGUUGGCAAGGAGGUGACGGGCUCCCACAGCACGUGGGUGACCUUCGAUGUGACUACGGCGGUCCAGAACUGGAUCAGGUCGGGGUGUGGAUCCAUGGUUUUCAGUGUGGUGGUAGAUAAGAAGGACUGUGGGGGUCGUGGUAGUGAGGAAGAAGAGGAAGGAUCCAGCUGUUUAAAUAUGAGCACGACUGUUGGAGAUAACACAUCGGCCGCUUUAAUCAUCUUCUCGAACGACCUCGGCAGCAGGAGGAGGGAGACAAAGAAGGAGCUGAGAGAGAUGAUCCUUCACGAAGAAGAAACCAUUCUACACUCGGGGGCUGACUGGAACAGAGAAGAUCAGUUUCCAAACCAGAUCCCAGAGGCUGAGCACCCGCGGAGAAAGAAGAGAAAGGCUGAGAGGGAAUACUGCCGGCGGACCUCGCUCAGGGUCAACUUUAAAGACAUCGGCUGGGACAGCUGGAUCGUGGCCCCUCCUGAAUAUGAUGCCUUCGAAUGUCGAGGCCUGUGCUACCAUCCACUGACGGAUGAAUCGACCCCAUCGAAGCACGCCCUUAUACAGACACUGAUGAACAUCAGGGACCCCAAGAAGGCCAACAUGGCAUGCUGCGUCCCCAUCAAACUGGACCCCAUCACAGUCAUGUAUCAGGAGAAUGGACGACUCACGAUAAGAUACCUGUAUGAGGAGAUGAAGGUGGCCGAGUGUGGCUGCAGGUAGUCAGAACCCAUAGGCUCAAUGAAAAAGUGAUCAUAAUAGUUUUAGUGUUGAAUUUCUUUUGAAUCAGUCCAGCGUGAUAGGCCAGAUAUAACAACCUCCAAGCCCUCCAUUGCACCAACAGAGGAAUAGGAGGCCCAGUCCAAAACAUGGAUACCUGCUAGAGUUUCUUUUCAUAAUGUUCCUCAACAGCAAUAGUCACGUCAGUGACUUUGACUUUUAUAUAACAAUAAAGAUGUGCCAUAACUGAAUCGUAUAGAGAAUUACAAACAUUACAACAGUUUGUCUUCAUCAGAACACAGCUGAUGACAGAGAUUAAAGGCGUCUGAUCACCAUUUGUUUUUCUUAAAUAGAGAAAAAAAAAUGUUUUCAAGUAGUCUAAGUGUGGAUGUAGUUCCCAGUGUUCUUAUCAGGCUAUGAGUCUGGUAACAUUGGAUUUCAUUGUAAGACAUGUUUCAGCUGAUACAGAGAGAAAAAAAUACCUCUGCAUGCAACUGAAGAGUCCUAAUCUGAGACACUUUGUUGUGAAAAAUUGCAACUCUACGGUGUUCAGAUGACCUUUAUGACUACAUGGCUGUUACUCUUAAAUCCAUCACCAUUUAAAUGAUUUGAUUGGCUUGGACGAUCUUUGACAGACCAUAAUCAGUUCCCAACGGAGCGACUCCAGGCCGACAUCUUAUUCAUAAAAUUAUUUUCUGUCGGCAGCUGCAUAAAUGUUAUAUAAAUAACUGUCUAAAACUGAUGUGGAAAUUAUUUUAACUUUUAGUGAGUGGUUUUAUGGUUAUGUCACAGAAUUUACUCCAUAUGAGUGACUUAUUUGGACCAUCACAAGCUGAGCCACGCCUCUAAAAGCCCUCAACCCUAAAACUUUUAAUAUUACUACUGUGGCAAUAAUGACAGAAAAAGAAAAAAUAAUUCUGCAAACCAAAAGACAGACUGUGAACAUACAUUUUACACGGCAACACAGUCAUAUAUACGAAUGACAAAGUUUUUGGUUUGCACUUUAUUUCAGCUGCAAUCUGUAUUUCUUUUUCUUUUUGUUGUUUAUUUAAAAUGAAUAUACCAGUGGCUUUUCUUAGACUUUUUGUUUCAGAAUUUCAUAUGCUGACACAAAUAAACCGAAUGUGACAAACCUUCGCAAACCUUUUUUAUUUUUUUGUAAUUAAUUGUCCUUAUGUGUAUAUAAAUAGCUUGCCCAUACAGUGUUAAGAUCUAAUGUAUUUCUACUUUUUAUUUGUGUGUAGUACCUAAAUUUUAUUUGCUCUUGAAAAUUUGGACAUUUUUAUUUGCAACUACAAAACAACAAUGUAUUUUUUGGUAAAACUUAAGAGGAUUUAUUGUCACAUAUGAGCUAGUAAACCACAAAUAAUUAUUUAAUCACGGCAAAUAUCAAACUUAUGUAAAUCUGUAUAUUUCUUCUCUAUAUGCUGUUUGUUCAUAUUGAUAUAUAUUUAGAAUUACUCUGUAAAUUUAUGAUAGACAUACAGUACUUGAACAGUUUAUACAUCCAUGCUAGAUACUUGUGUUUAAACAUACAUAGUGCAUGUAAAAACAUAAGCAUCCAACAUAAGUUGUCUCACUGUAACCUGCUAUACAGAGAGGUAAAGGUUAAUUUCUACAGUGGAUAGGUCUGUGUCAGUCUGUAUGAUCAUUAACAAACAUCUCCACUUUGACAGAAAUAAGGUUUAAAUUGCCAGAUUUAUGGUAAAAUAUGCCCCCUUCAUCUUGCAUGUUUUUAUAGUGCUAUGUCUCAUUAUGUCUCAUGAUGUCUACAUUUUGUUUUUGAGGCCUUCCAACGCUUUAAUAAAUAACAUUUUUUG